AUUUUCCUUCAUCUAGUUGUAGUCUGUAUUACGUGUAUAUAUACACAUCCAGUUCGUGUGUAUGAAGAAGAAGCAAUAAUAAUAUUAAAUAAUAAAAAGAAGAAACAGGUGAUCGUUUUCUGUUGUAUUCUGGUACUUGGUUUUGGUUAAGUGAAGUGAAGUGAAGUAGUAUCUGUAAGGGGACGUAAAGGAUGACUGACUAUUUUAAUGAGAAUUUCGGUGGAGUGAAGCCGAAGCAUUCGUCGGAUGAGGCGUUGAAGAGAUGGAGAGACGCUUGUGGUUUUGUGAAGAACCCGAAACGAAGGUUUCGCUUCACUGCUAAUAUUGAGAAGCGGAAUGAAGCGGCGGCUAUGCGCCGUACUAAUCAGAAGUUGAGGAUUGCGGUUUUGGUAUCAAAGGCUGCAUUUCAUCUUAUGAAUGGCGCAGAAUCCAGCAGCGAUGCUCUACCCGAGGAAUUCAAGGAAGCCGGUUUUGGCAUCAGUGCUGACGACGCAAGCUCCAUCGUCGAAAGCCAUAAUCCCGAAAAGCUAAAAAGCCAUGGCGGCGUAGACGGAGUCGCAAAACAACUUAAAACAUCUACCACCAAUGGCCUUGCUAUGGAUGCCAAAGACUUGACUCUCAGACAACAACUUUACGGAACCAACGAGUUCACUGAACGCGAACAACGAAGCUUUUGGGUGUUCGUGUUCGAAGCACUUCAAGACAUGACCCUUAUGGUCCUCGCUGUGUGCGCAUUUGUGUCUUUGAUCGUUGGCAUAGCAACCGAAGGAUGGCCUAUGGGAGCUCACGACGGUCUUGGCAUUGUCGCGAGUAUCUUGUUGGUAGUGUUUGUAACCGCAACAAGCGAUUAUCGCCAAUCGCUACAGUUUCGCGAUUUAGACAAAGAGAAAAAGAAAAUAUCCAUCCAAGUUACGAGAAACGGGUACCGACAAAAGUUAUCGAUAUACGAACUACUUCCCGGCGAUAUCGUUCAUCUUGGUAUCGGAGACCAGGUCCCCGCAGACGGGCUUUUUCUCUCCGGGUUUGCAGUCUCGAUAGACGAAUCGAGUUUGACCGGAGAAAGCGAGCCCGUCAAAGUCAACGCCGAGAACCCCUACUUGUUGUCGGGAACCAAGGUCCAAGACGGUUCGUGUAAGAUGUUAGUUGUAACGGUCGGCAUGAGAACCCAAUGGGGAAAACUUAUGGCGACUUUAACCGAAGGCGGAAACGACGAAACGCCUUUGCAGGUUAAGUUAAACGGAGUCGCGACGAUCAUUGGAAAGAUCGGGCUUCUAUUCGCUAUAGUGACUUUCGCGGUUUUGGUUCAAAAGUUAUUCGCUAGUAAGCUUGUCGAAGGAAGCCAAUGGAGCUGGUCCGGUGACGAUGCGUUGUUGUUGUUGGAAUAUUUCGCUAUCGCUGUCACGAUUGUCGUGGUUGCGGUCCCCGAAGGGCUGCCGUUGGCUGUAACCCUGAGCCUUGCGUUUGCGAUGAAGAAGAUGAUGAACGACAAAGCGCUUGUUAGAAAUCUAGCCGCGUGUGAGACCAUGGGGUCUGCGACGACUAUAUGCAGCGAUAAAACCGGGACGCUAACUACUAACCACAUGACGGUUGUCAAAUCGUGCAUUUGUAUGAAUGUCGACAGCGAAGAAAUCCCCGAAAGCGCUAAAAGGAUACUUGUACAGUCGAUAUUUACCAACACGGGUGGCGAAGUUGUGGUUAACAAGGACGGUAAACGCGAGAUACUCGGGUCACCAACGGAUACGGCGAUAUUGGAGUUUGGGUUGUCGCUUGGUGGCGAUUUUCAAACCGAACGCCAGUCGACGAAAGUUCUUAGAGUCGAGCCGUUUAACUCGACGAAGAAGCAGAUGGGAGUCGUGUUGGAGCUUCCGGAAGGUGGUGUACGAGCUCACUGUAAAGGCGCUUCGGAAAUAGUGUUGGCUGCUUGCGACAAAGCGAUUAACGAAAACGGUGAAGUCGUUGCUCUUGACGAGGAAUCCGUUAACCGUUUAAAGAGCACGAUCGAUUCGUUCGCUGGUGAAGCUCUUAGAACUCUAUGUCUUGCGUAUAUCGACUUGGAAAGCGGGUUUUCAGCCGAAACUCCUAUUCCGUCAAACGGGUAUACUUGUAUCGGAAUCGUGGGUAUUAAAGAUCCGGUCCGUCCAGGUGUCAAGGAGUCGGUGGCUCUAUGCAGAUCGGCUGGUAUAACGGUCCGUAUGGUUACGGGAGACAACAUAACCACUGCGAAAGCGAUAGCGAGAGAAUGCGGGAUACUUACAGAUGACGGGAUUGCGAUCGAGGGUCCAGAUUUCCGCGAGAAGAGUCUAAAAGAACUACUCGAAAUAAUUCCGAAAAUCCAGGUUAUGGCGCGAUCUUCACCUCUAGAUAAGCAUAUGUUGGUUAGACACUUGAGAACGACAUUCGGUGAGGUUGUGGCGGUUACUGGGGACGGAACGAACGAUGCACCAGCACUUCAUGAAGCCGACAUAGGCCUUGCGAUGGGCAUUGCGGGAACCGAGGUAGCGAAAGAGAGUGCGGAUGUUAUUAUUCUAGACGACAAUUUCUCGACUAUUGUCACUGUCGCGAAAUGGGGACGAUCCGUCUACGUUAACAUUCAAAAAUUCGUACAGUUUCAGCUUACCGUCAAUAUCGUUGCGUUGAUCGUGAACUUCACUUCAGCUUGUUUAACAGGGAGUGCGCCCCUCACGGCGGUUCAACUUUUGUGGGUGAAUAUGAUCAUGGAUACGUUGGGAGCACUGGCACUGGCAACCGAACCUCCAAACGACGAGUUAAUGAAGAGAACUCCCGUCGGAAGAAAGGGAAAUUUUAUAAGCAAUGUGAUGUGGCGGAACAUAUUCGGGCAGGCUGUGUACCAGUUUGUAGUCAUAUGGCUACUUCAAUCAAAAGGGAAAUCGUUUUUCGGCCUUGAUGGCGACGAUUCGGAUCUCAUACUCAACACGCUCAUUUUUAAUUCCUUCGUGUUCUGUCAGCUUUUUAACGAGGUGAACUCUCGGGAAAUGGAGAAAGUAGACGUGUUAGACGGGAUAUUGAAGAAUAAGGUUUUCGUAAGCGUUAUCGCCGCAACUGUCUUUUUCCAGGUUGUAAUAGUUGAGUAUUUGGGCACCUUUGCUAACACGUCACCGCUUACAGCCACACAGUGGCUGUUUAAUGUUUUUACGGGAUUUUUAAGCAUGCCGAUUGCUGUGUUCUUGAAGAGAAUCCCUGUUUAAGGGUAAAGUCCUACUUAAAAAGCCGUUGAACUUUUACUGUCACCCGAUCUGGUAAACUGAUCGGGUGACAGUAAAAUCUAACGGCUUUUUAAGUAGAACAUUGCCUCAAACAGAGAUUCUGUUUAAGAGCACGGCAAUUGACAUGCUUGAAAAUGGCUCUUUAAGCAUGCCAAUUGAUGUGCUCUUAAAGAGAAUCCCUGUUUAAGGGUAAAGUCCUACUUAAAAAGCCGUUGAACUUUUACUGUCACCCGAUCAGGUAAACUGAUCGGGUGACAGUAAAAUCUAACGGCUUUCUAAGUAGAACAUUACCUCAAACAGAGAUUCUGUUUAAGAGCAUGCCAAUUGAUGUGCUCUUGAAGAGAAUCUCUGUUUGAGGUAAAGUCCUUCUUAGAAAGCCGUUAGAUCUUGAAGAGAAUCUCCGUGAUCCGCAAUUUGGCAUUCCAUUCACCGGACAAGAAAACUUAUUCAAACUGAAAACUAAAAUCUGCGACAAAGCGUACCAGAAUCCAUUUUAGUUUUUACUAAAAUCUGUGACAAAGCGCAACAUGUCUUGAUUUGUACAUUAUUUUGAAUAUUAGUUGGUAAAACUCUGUAUUUAGUUCCAAUUAUAAUGUACAUUAUUUGCAAUUAUUUUGUUAA